AUGUCCGAAACGCCGCGACCGACCUUGAAACUCACCUUCUCGAAGAAAAAGGCGCCUGAACCGCCGCAACCUCAGCCAGCUCCGGCUCCCCCAGCAGAUCAACCUCCACCACUGCAACGCAAACUCACCCUGAAAAUCGCGCGAAAGCCCACUGAAGAAGAACCACAAGUGAAGCAAGAAAAGCCAAAAAAGCCAAAGAUCACCAUCAAGAAGAAAAAGAGACCCGCAGAUGAAGCCGUCCCGGAGGAACCUUCAGCUGCGAGCGCAGCACAACCAGCGGCCGGUCCUAAACGACUAAAGCUUAAUCCAUCCAAGAAGCCCGGACUGCAGUCCAUCCGAAUCAAGAACAAGGGACUUGUGCCGAACAGACCGGUUGGCGUUGGCUAUGACUCGGAAGCAUCGGACACCGAAAUCGACCCUGCGAUCGAAGAACAGUUCAUUCUACGCAUGCUGCCAGGAGAAGACUGCGAAUACCUUCAGCGUGCGAUAGCCGAACGUCGAUUUGACCGAUCCGAAUUUUCAUUCAAGCCACUUACACGCGAAGGCCGGAGGGCUGUCCUCAAGAUAAGGGACAAGCAGUAUGCCGCUGCGUUGGUGGAUUUGCCAUGUAUCAUUGAAGGCAUGAAGAGUUGGGACAGGCGAGGAUGGUACAAGUCAGCAGAUAUCUGCCAGAUGCUCCUGGUUCUAGGACCUAUUGCUACCGAGGCUGAGGCUAUGGAUUAUCCUCUCCCUGCUGAAGUUCAAACUCUGGACGACAAAACUCUGCAAUAUCCGCAUGGCUUAGCGCCGCCUCUUAGAUGGGUCAGAAAACGCCGCUUCCGGGAUCGCAUCAGCACCCGCACGAUUGAGCAGGUCGAGAAAGCAGUCGAAGACUUGAUAGCCCAGGAUGAGGCGUCCAUUGGACCUCCGCGAUUCGAGCUGAUCGACAAGACAACGUUUGAUCGUGCUGAAGGAUAUGUGCAAAGCGGCGACUACGAUGAAUACGACGAAUAUGAUGAUGAGCAGGAUGCGGAAGGAGAAGUUGACGAAGCCAUGGAGGAGGUCGACGGCAUGUUUGAAGACUUUGAAGACACCCUCGCUGCUGAGAUGGAGGCCGCUCUAGCAGCAGGGGCGGAUGGUGCAACCCUUGACGUGGUCGAAGAAGCUCCUGAUAGCGGUGUAUACCAAGCCGGUACACCGAUAGCAACCAAGCCCUCAACACCAGCGGCAGAUGCUGGCCCUGACACAUCGGGUGACGAAAGCGAUGCAUCGAACGGAGAUGAAAGCACGCCAGAAGAUGAACUCGACGAUGAACAGCUCGAGCAACAGCGGCAGAUCCAACAGCACCGUGAGGAGAUUGUGGAACUGGAAGCACUCAUUCGCUCAGAAACGGUCAAGUGGGAGCAACAGAAGAAUCAUAUCCUCAAGGGCAAGCUUGCGAAGCGUAUUCACGAGUUGAAGCAGGAUCUCGCUCUCAAGAAGAUCUCUAUAGGCGAGGGCGACGACGCCGACAGCUAA